UGUUUUUUUUCUUCUUCUGCUCCUUUUCUCUUUCAUUUUCCUAUCACCACCAACGUUCAUCAUCUUCUUCUUCUUCUUCUUCUUCCGAAAACCCAAACUCGUGGGUACUAUUCAUCACUCUAUAAGUCCGAUUUCGAAAGCUCAAAUCAGAAAACUUCCUUCAUCAAAGUUGUUCGUCUGCUCGAAUACUAUAACAUACCCAAAAAUGAGCAUCAUCAGAUCGGUCUAGCUUCCUCGAGCCGGCUAUGACAUUUCUGUAUUUAUCCAUGGCUGGUGAGUUUGAGAACUAUGACAUAUCCAAAAAUCAGAGCAAUCCAACUACUCUAGCUAUGCCUGUGGUUGUUCAGAAUUCUUUUCUCUACAACAUAUCCAAACACAAUGGCAGUCCAACAAGUGUAGCUUUCUCGGCAGUGGUACAACUGAAACAAGCUUUUGUUAGUUUUCAAGUGUUGUUUGAGUUGGUUAUUUCUCUUUGGGAGCUUCACCCAGGAUUUCGGACCAAUAUUAAGGAAUCAGUUGCCCAAGCAAGAACAAUUUUAUUUCAAAGGUGUAGAAUGCAAGUAGUUGUUGUGUGGCGUUAG